CAUGAGCCACGACGAUCGGUAAUAAAAUGUAGGACCUACCCAGUCAAUUGCGAAAACACAUCCAAAGUCUCGAUGUAUCCUAUGGCUUUCAAUGAUUUGAUAUCAAUAAUUUCGCCCAAACUCUUCCCAUAACUCACAAUGGCUUCUCACGGCUUUUUGCAGUAUCUCAAGCUGAAGAUCGUCGCCUCCUUAAUUCGCCUCCUCAACUACCUUGGCACGCGCUCUCAAUUCAAGCCGUCUGCAACAUGCAAUCGCAAAUCAGUGCGCAUUCCAUCCCGUGAUCUCAAACGAUUCAUCGACGCUUGGAUCUACUACCCUCCGAACUACACCGAAAGCGAGCCGCGAGGACUCGUCAUAAACUGGCAUGGAGGCGGCUAUAUUAUGCCAAACCUGGGCAUGGACCAUCCGUUCUGCGAGAGGAUCGCCCGUGAGAGCAAUGUUCUCGUCUUGGACGCGGAUUACCGUAAAGGACCCGAGCAUCCUUUCCCUGGGGCUGUUGAAGAUGCCGAAGACACCCUGAGAUGGGUCGAGAGCCAGCCGCGCCUCUUCGACCUUGACCGGGUCGCUCUAUCUGGAUUCAGUUCGGGCGCAAACCUGGCACUCGUCGCAUCUUCCGAACUGAGACGCGAGUUCAAAAAUAUCAACAUCAAGGCUGUGUACCCAUUCUACCCCGGUGUCGAUUUCACCAUCGCCCCAGAGGAUAAAACGGUCCCGGAACCCAUUUUGCCACUGCCCAUCUUCGCCCAGCACGUUUUUACCGAGAGCUACAUCCCCCGGCUUGAGGACCGAACGUCACCCAGAGCUUCUCCAAUGUUCGCCGAAGUGUCAUCGUUUCCCGCGUGUAUUCUCCUCUUUGUCUGCUCUGGAGAUAUCCUGGCUCCCGAAGCAGAGGUCUUUGGGCAGAAGCUAGAGCGAGCUGGCUGUGGCAUCGAGGUCGUGAAAGUGGAAGGGGCUACGCACGGAUUCGACAAGACCAAUCCUCGCGUCUUCAAGCCUGAAGCAAGAGAAAUGGCAUAUGCAAAGGUGGUCGAGAGUUUGAAUGGUGUAAUGUAGACGGACGUCUUUCAAAUAUUGGAUAGCGCUGUAAAAUAAUUUAUCGUGUAGGAAUCACUGACAUAUCUACUUAUACAUAAAAAACCAUAAAAAGUUGGUCGACAUCCAAUCUCAAAUCAUCACAAUCAUCCUAGAAAUAACCACUAGGGCUCUACAGUCAAUACAGUCUACUCAACACAUCCUUAGAAUUAGAAGGAACCUUCACUUAACUAGUUUGUCG